UUCUUCAGAGAGACAGAGAGAGAAAGAAAGAGAGAGACACUCAGAGAGAAGUAGAAGAACGUGGGAGGACCACAGAAGAAGUGUCUACCACAUAAAAAGUGCUGGUGACUUCUCAGAUACACAGUCAACAUUGGACAGACUGAGAGCUGUGAACAUGAAUAAUAACCUUAGCUACCAGUAUCCUCCAGUGUUCACAGUGAAUGCUGCAAGACCUAUUCAUCAGCAGCAUGAUCAUCCUCAACUGGCCACUGACAGGAUGGAGCCAACGCUGGUUCCCUGCUGGACCUUUCCUCCUGCCCGUUUUCAGUCCAAGAAAAGGGGCUGUGGAGGACUGAGUUCUGCUGCAGGAACUCUUCUGGUUAUGGUCCUGGUGAUGGUGUUUGCUGCACUGGGACUUGGAGCCUACCAAAUCUGGGGCCUGCAGACAAAGUUGGCAAAGUUGGAACAGGAAAUGCACACACAAACUGAAAGCAAUGCACCCGAGAGGCUAGUUGGGCACCCAACAGAAAACUUUGAUGAGACCAAGCAUCCUCAAGCUGCACAUCUGAUUGGAAAAUCCCAGGAUGGAGUAUCGAAGACCUUAAAGUGGGAGUCCAGGUAUAGCCGUGCCUUCACAGAUGGCAUCCUGUACCGUGAUGGUGGCCUACAGGUGAACGAGACAGGCCUCUACUUCGUCUACUCGCGUGUGGAGUUCCUCUCGAACAACUGCCAACGAAGGGACUCUCUCACUCACACGGUGUACAUAAAGAGAGAUGGUCGGGCACAAACCCUCAUGACCGAUCGCAGGGAAGGCUUCUGCAGGGUUGGGAGCACAGAGGUAUGGACAGAUGGCAGUAAUCUUGGCUCCGUUCAACAGCUCAAGCAGGCCGACUGGGUGUUCGUUAACGUGUCCCAGCCUGCACUGCUCAGCAAAAGCCACCACAGUAAUUACUUCGGCCUCUUCAGACUCUUCUGAACAUGGACUCAUGAACAGAUUUGGAAGACCAAAUAGAGAUCCGAGAAUAUUGUGUGUGCAAGGCCUUAGUGAACAGAUACGGGUAGUAUUUUUUCAAUCUUCUUUCAGAACUACUCAUAACCCACCACUCUCUUAAAGACAAUGGUGCCAAAAAGGUCCUUAAGCGUGAUGCCAUAGAGCAGUAGAGUAGUCUUAGUGGACCUGUGUCUAGUUUAGUUCAGUGAUUUUCCAGCUCUGGCACACAUGAUUCUGGACAUCUUAUAGCAGUAAUGUCACCAAACUGUGCUGGACUCCGGAAUGCCAGGAAUUCCAGGAAUGAUGACCCACACCACCGCAUUCCUGCAACCAGCUUCAUCUUUGCAUUUUAUUCCAUUACAUCACUAAAAAUCUUAAUGUAAAAUGGUAACACACAUCAUUCCCAUCAGCUUAGCUCAGUGAAUAUCCUCUGAAUGUAUUUCAAAUCUUCAGUAUUUCAAACAUCUUUUAUAAAACAAUAGCCCUCUGAAUGUUCAGUGAACACUAAUAUGCUCCAAAGAGGAGGUGCAGUUGCUGUAUUUAUUUUCAUUACUGACAUAUCCUUUGUGUACGUGUAUAUAUAACUGGUCUGAACAUUUAUCAAUAUAAAUAUUGGUCAUAUUGACCAAUAAGAGAAAUCUUAU